AUGACUCGACACCAUAAAAAGGCAAACAAGAAAAACAAUGCGUCCAAGAAGCCCUCUCUGACACAUUUCCUAUGUGUUCCUCUUGUAAACUCAAUUUCUCAACCUCAACUCGAGGCCACUAUCGGGAAGUUCAAGGAACAUGUGUGUUACACUAGUCCAGUUGAGUCUGUACCAGGGCAAGGGCAAAUGAAAGCAGUCCCUACCCCCAAAACAGUCAGCGAUGCCAAAGCUCAACCGGAAGAACUUCACAAAGCAUCUGAGGAAAAGGCACCCUGCGAAACUUCGUCGCCUUUGAUACCGGAAAAAGCAAUUCGACCCUUAGGUUCAGUGCAUCUUACUCUUGGAGUCAUGAGUUUGGACGAAGAGAAAUUAAUUCAAGCAAAUACGCUUCUCCAAUCUCUUGAUCUGGAUAACCUGCUUCGUGAAGCAGCCAUCCCGGCCAACCUAUCCACCACUACAACUACCAACACUCACGACCCGGAUGCAGCGCCUCCAAACUCCUUGGACACAUCUCCAAACCAAAUACCUGACCUCUUGAAUUCUCCCCUCAAGAUCUCUCUGGAAUCUCUGGAACCGAUGCAAUCGCCUUCAAAGACAAGUAUCCUCUACAUACGUCCCCAAGAUACAACAAAUCGUCUCCAGAUCCUCUGUCAAGCAUUAAGGAAAACAUUCACAGACGCUGGUCUGCUAGUCCCAGACACACGACCACUAAAGCUACAUGCUACAAUCGUAAACACAAUCUACAUCAAAGGACGAAAGAAAAAGUCCAAGGCAUCAGAGAAAGCCAAAGGACCAGUUACAGAAGAUACAUCCAAAGAUCAAACCACAGAGAAACCACCAAAAGACCAGACUACGGAAGAAACAGUAUCAACGCAGAAACAUGAGUUGCAAGCAAACGAAGCUUCCUCAGGUCAUGGCCCAUCUGCGAAAUCUUCUCUGUACAUAAACGUCACGUCUCUUCUCUCUACCUACAAAGACCAUGUUUGGGCUUCUGAUGUCCCGGUUGAGAAGAUUGCUAUUUGUGAGAUGGGUGUCAAGAAACAGUUUUCUUCCACUGGUGAAGUCAUUGGAGAGGCUUACAAGGAGGUGGCAGUCAAAGAGGUUGGAUCUCUUAUGCAUAUAGACGAAGGGACAACAGGAACAGUGUGA